AAGAACAUCAUUCUCAGACUCUGAGAUAUCUGGACUUUUUAACAGGGUGCUACCUAGAAGAAUAUAAGGAAUUGAUCCUUGUACCUUCCUUUCAAUUACUUUUUUUUUGGAUUUGUACCUCUUCCUUUUUCUGUGGUUUUAGAUCAAGGAACACCAUGAGCACAACUCAGCGAAAGCGCCGUGGAGGAGCUGUUGGUUCUCGGCAGGCGCGGAAGCGAAACAGGCUGAUGACAGCUUCUACAGCAGAAAUGGCUUCAGAGGCAGAGCCAAUAGAACUUGAAGAAAGUGCUGGUGAAGAAGUAGUAGAUCUCACAUGUGAGUCUGCUGAUCCUGUAGUCGUUGAUCUAACUCACAAUGAUUCUGUUGUGAUUGUUGAAGAGAAUCAACGACCAAGGAGAAAUCUUAGGCUAAGAAGUCAGCGACAGUCAGACAGCUGCGUGCUGAGUAGUGAUGAUGAAGAUGAACCAAGAGAUAAUGAUGUGUAUGUGACAGAUAAAGUGUCUCAAGAACUGGGACCACUGGAAGAUGAAACUGCAAGUUCCAAUUUAAUAAAUUACAAACUGUUGCUCAGCGUGGUCAGUGACAUAAAGCCAAGUGUUGAAGACUUACAACGCUUCUUACCGUGA